ACUCCUUGUAUGAAACCAACAAACUUAAGCCCAAGUUAUCAACUCAAAAUUGACCGUAAGAUAUACGGCGCCGUUUUUGUAGACCUGAGUGUGAUUAAAGUGAGCUGUUAAAUCUUCACUUAACCCCAUUUUAAAUCACGAAAUUAGAGUGGCGAUUAAAAAAUAUAAAGUAAAGUUUUUUCAGUGAUUUGUUUUCAUUUAUUUAAAUUUUAAAAUUAAUCCAAUUUAUCGUUGACGGAAAAUUUGGGAGAAUAUUCUCGAUGGGGAAAGGAGGAGGAUGUGUUCCGAGCAAGAAGAAGAAGCCGUCGUCUCUCGCCACCACCGGCGAUGGUCCCGGAAUCGACGAUGAUAACGACGCUACUAAUGCUCCGAUCCAAAUUGAUGAUGAUCAAACCACCAUUGACGGCGAUCGAACAACGGCGACGAAUACUGCAGGAACAACAACACCAGCGAUUUCUACGGCUGCUAAGAUCUCGUCACCGCUCAAGAUCUUCGUCGUGUUCUAUUCGAUGUACGGACAUGUUGAGAGCUUAGCGAAGAGGAUGAAGAAGGGAGUGGAUAGUGUUGAAGGAGUGGAGGCGUCGCUGUACAGAGUUCCGGAGACGCUUUCGCAGGAGGUUGUUGAGCAGAUGAAGGCGCCGGUUAAGGAUUUGGAGAUUCCGGAGAUUACGGCGGCGGAAUUGGCGGCUGCUGAUGGAUUUUUGUUUGGGUUUCCGACUAGGUAUGGUUGUAUGGCUGCGCAGAUGAAGGCGUUUUUUGAUUCGACGGGAUCAUUGUGGAAGGAGCAGAGUCUUGCUGGUAAGCCUGCUGGAUUCUUUGUGAGUACUGGGACUCAAGGAGGUGGUCAAGAGACUACUGCAUGGACAGCAAUCACACAGCUGGUGCACCACGGGAUGCUAUUUGUACCCAUAGGCUACACAUUUGGAGCUGGAAUGUUCAAGAUGGACUCGAUCCGUGGAGGCUCACCUUAUGGAGCUGGUGUGUUUGCUGGUGAUGGCUCAAGAGAAGCAACAGAAACAGAAUUGGCUCUUGCUGAACAUCAAGGAAACUACAUGGCUGCAAUAGUCAAGAGACUUGCUCAACCUUAAAAGAAAAAACAAAAAUUGCUUCUUUUA